CCGUUUGCAGACUUCAUGAAGGGAGUGGUGGACUCCGAGGACCUUCCCCUCAACAUCUCGCGUGAGAUGCUGCAGCAGGGCAAAAUCCUCAAGGUGAUCCGCAAGAACAUCAUCAAGAAGUCCAUGGAGCUGUUCGCGGAGCUCGCCGAGGACAAAGAUAACUACAAGAAGUUCUAUGAGCAGUUCUCCAAAAACAUCAAGCUGGGAAUCCACGAGGACUCUCAGAACCGGAAGAAGCUGGCGGAGCUGCUCCGCUACCAUACGUCCAUGUCGGGCGAGGACAUGUGCUCGCUGAAGGACUACGUGUCUCGAAUGAAAGAAAACCAGAAGCACAUCUACUACAUCACCGGCGAGUCAAAAGCGCAAGUGGCCAACUCUGCGUUUGUGGAGCGCGUGCGCAAGCGUGGCCUGGAGGUGGUGUACAUGGUGGAGCCCAUCGAUGAGUACUGCGUGCAGCAGCUGAAGGAGUUUGACGGGAAGACCCUCGUCUCCGUCACCAAGGAGGGCAUGGAGCUUCCGGAAGAUGAGGAAGAGAAAAAGAGACAGGAGGAGGCCAAGGCCAAGUUUGAGAAUCUCUGCAAGGUGGUCAAGGAGAUCCUGGAGAAGAAGGUGGAGAAGGUGAGCACUCGGCAGGACUUGUGAUGUGAACCUGUCUGG